AGAGGCUCCAGUUGGUGGCCAAGAGUACAUCUCUUUUCAAAUAGCUGGAUUAGGUCCUCAUGCUGCUGUGGUCAUUGCUGGUCAUCUUUGCUGCAGUCACUGAACAGGCAGAUUCGCUGACCCUUGUGGCGCCCUCUUCUGUCUUCGAAGGAGACAGCAUAGUUCUGAAAUGCCGGGGAGAACAGAACUGGAAAAUUCAGAAGAUGGCUUACCACAAGGAUAACAAAGAGUUAUCUGUUUUCAAAAAAGUCUCAGAUUUCCUUAUCCAAAGUGCAGUUUUAAGUGACAGUGGUAACUAUUUCUGUAGUACCAAAGGAAAACUCUUUUCCUGGGAUAAAAAUUCAAAUAUAGUAAAGAUAAAAGUCCAAGAGCUCUUUCAACAUCCUGUGCUGACUGCCAGCUCCUUCCAGCCCAUCGAAGGCGGUCCAGUGAGCCUGAAAUGUGAGACCCGGCGCUCUCCACAGAGGCUGGAUGUUCAACUCCAGUUCUGCUUCUUCAGAGAAAACCAGGUCCUGGGGUCAGGCUGGAGCAGCUCUCCGGAGCUCCAGAUUUCUGCCAUGUGGAGUGAAGACACAGGGUCUUACUGGUGCGAGGCAGAAACGGUGACUUACAGGAUCAGAAAACAGAGCCUCCAAUCCCAGAUUCACGUGCAGAGAAUCCCCAUCUCUAACGUAAGCUUGGAGAUCCGGGCCCCCGGGGGACAGGUGACUGAAGGACAAAAACUGAUCCUGCUCUGUUCAGUGGCUGGGGGUACAGGAAAUGUCACAUUCUCCUGGUACAGAGAAGCCACAGGAACCAGUAUGGGGAAGAAAACCCAGCGUUCCCUGUCAGCAGAGCUGGAGAUCCCAGCUGUGAAAGAGAGUGAUGCCGGCAAAUAUUACUGUAGAGCUGACAACGGCCAUGUGCCUAUCCAGAGCAAGGUGGUGAAUAUCCCUGUGAGAAUUCCAGUGUCUCGACCUGUCCUCACCCUCAGGUUUCCUGGGGCCCAGGCUGCAGUGGGGGACCUGCUGGAGCUUCACUGUGAGGCCCUGAGAGGCUCUCCCCCAAUCCUGUACCAAUUUUAUCAUGAGGAUGUCACCCUGGGGAACAGCUCGGCCCCCUCUGGAGGAGGGGCCUCCUUCAACCUCUCUUUGACUGCAGAACAUUCUGGAAACUACUCCUGUGAGGCCAACAACGGCCUGGGGGCCCAGUGCAGUGAGGCAGUGCCAGUCUCCAUCUCAGGACCUGAUGACUAUAGAAGAGACCUCAUGACCUCCGGAGUUCUCUGGGGACUGUUUGGUGUCCUUGGUUUCACUAAUGUUGCUUUGCUGUUGUAUGCCUUGUUCCACAAGAUAUCAGGAGAAAGUUCUGCCACUAAUGAACCCAGAGGGACUUCCAGGUCAAAUCCUCAAGAGUUCACCUAUUCAAGCCCAACCCCAGACAUGGAGGAGCUGCAGCCAGUGUAUGUCAAUGUGGGCUCUGUAGAUGUGGAUGUGGUUUAUUCUCAGGUCUGGAGCAUCCAGCAGCCAGAAGGCUCAGCAAACAUCAGGACUCUUCUGGAGAAAAAGGACUCCCAAGUCAUCUACUCUUCUGUGAAGAAAUCAUAACACUUGGAGGAAUCAGAAGGGAAGAUCAACAACAAGGAUGGGGCAUCAUUAAGACUUGCCAUAAAACGUUAUGAAAAUGCUUAAGGCUUAUCACCUGCCACAGCCAGAAAGUGCUUCAGGAGGCACCUCCUGUCAUCAUUUUUGUUCUGAUCAUGUUUCUUCUCCAAUAUCUUCUUUUACCUGUUAAUAUUCAUUGAACUGCUGCUACAUCCUGACACUGUGCAAAGAAAUUAUUUCUGCUACCUUCUCUUCAGCAAUCAGUGUGUAAAGAUUUGAGGGAAGAAUGAAUAAGAGAUACAAGGUCUCAC